AUGGCGGAGCAACCUCAAGUCCCCUCGAAUCCGCGUUACAAUCAGAAGCAGCUCAGUCGUGCCCUCGGGCAGAUUCAGAAGCGAAAAUCAGCUCGAGCAGAGGCCAAAGAAGAGGAAAAAGAAUAUGUGGAGUACAAGAAAGCUAUGGUCCUUGCAUCCUGUCAGCCAACCGUGGGUACCCUCAAGAGCACCGAGGACAAAUUUCCGGCCAGACCAAAGAAGAAGAUGCAGUUCGGAGAGAGGAAAGCACAUUAUUUAUCCAUCAGACCGAAUCCAAAAUAUGCAACUUGGGUGGGAAGAAAAAAGGGAAUUAUCGAGGCAAAGUAAGCGUCAGAUGGACCUAAAAUCAUUUCAUUCAGAGCUCGAGUCGCCACAACUACCAACGUCCAGUUCACGGAUCACUCAAGCGUCCCAACACCAACGACUUCAAGUGCCAAAAGCUCUGAUUCCAAGGCGAAGGGCAAGGCCAAGGCGCCCAAGAAGAAAGACGGCGGCGAAUCAAAUAAUGUGAGGCUAAACCAGUCGAAUGUACAGUUGAAUUUACAAAAAUUGACAUUAUUGUCCUUCAGAGUCACAUCAAGACCGAAGAAAAGGAUCCUAAGGCCGUGGAAUCGCCCAUCGGCGAUGACGAAGUGGAAAGAAAAGGAGGAAAAAACGCCGAGAAUCCCCUAGUGAAUGGAGUCCCCUUCUGGACGAACGCAACUCCUGGAGAACAGGACGAAUUGACGGACGAUGAUCUUCCCAUUGACAUGUCUCUUCUGGAAAAGGUCUGUAAUUAUGAGGUCGUCUUGGCCGGCCAGCCCUUCACCAAGACCAUGUUUAAUCCAUUCGGUCCCAUGGCCAGGUUCAAACAAGAUGAUCCGCUUUUCGUCCGGGAUACCACUUUGUUUGCGAGUACUGUUGAAGCUGUCAUCAGGUAAGAUACUAUUAAAAGAUAAGGUUUCUAACCAUUAAUACUGGUUAUAGUUUGCAACCAGAUGACAAACAGUACCCCCCAGCCCCGCCAAUCGUUCCCAAGAUUAAAUGGUCGGACAAAUUGACAGUCAUCGUGUUUGAUCCCUUGGAUCGUGAAGCUGGGAAUGCGGAUCCAAUAAAUGAACCCUUGAAGGAUAUCAAGAGAGAAAAGGGAGCCAAGAGUUAG